AGAACGAGAUGAGAAAUGUUCACCUGUGCAGCGGGGAGGCGGCUGCAUCAACGCCCCCUUCCUCUCUCUCCUCUCCUCCACCUUCCAGCUCCGCCUGCCUCCUCCUGCUGGCGGGGCGAUGAGCCGCUCGGAGCCGCGCUCGGUGGCUGUCGCCUCGGAUUGAAUUUCUGCUCGGAGCUGCUCGGAUUUCUUCCCCACCCCGGAGGUCGGGUUUACAGGCUCCAGUCCGCAGAGCCGCACUUUGCCUGGAAGUUCCCCCAGCAGCGGAGCUCCACCGGCCGCGGCGCGCCGGCGCGGACAGCCGGAGGACAUGGAGCGGCUUUAGGAGGAGACCCAGCCCGGGGGAGGGAACCUCUUCAGGCCGAACAGGAACCAGAACCACGUUCAAGGGAGCGCCGGAAGCCGGACCCGGUCCUUCAGAGCGGUUCUCCUCCGGAUCCGAUGGCUGAAAUGUUGAAUCCGCCGGCUCUGCUCAGCAUGCCCCGCAGCCCCACCUCCAGCGAGGAUGAAAUGGCCCAGAGUUUUUCCGACUACUCCGAUGACGGCGCGUCCGACAGCUCCCGGGAGGAAACCAUCUACGAGACGAUAAGAGCGACCGGCGAGCCGCCGCAGAACCACAUGGACGACAUCCAGUCCAACUCGCUGGUGAUCCGCGUCCUGAUCCCAGACCUGCAGCAGACGAAAUGCAUGCGGUUCAACCCGGACGCGACGGUCUGGAUCGCCAAACAGCGCAUCCUGUGUUCGCUCAAUCAGACCCUGAAGGACGUCCUGAACUACGGACUCUUCCAGCCGGCGAGCAACGGGAGGGACGGCAAGUUCCUGGACGAAGAGCGCCUCCUCCGAGAAUACCCGCAGCCAAUCAGCAAGGGCGUCCCCUGCCUGGAGUUUCGCUACAAGAGCAGAGUCUACAGACAGCCCAACAUCGAUGAGAAGCAGAUUGCCAAACUUCACACCAAGGCCAACCUGAGGAAGUUCAUGGACUUGAUUCAGCAGAACCAGGUGGACAAAGUGGGGAAGCUGUUGGAGCGAGGCCUUGACCCAAACUACCACGACGGUGAUACUGGUGAGAGCCCGCUGACGGCGGCGGCCCAGCUGGACAACGGCGUGGAGAUGAUCAAGGUUCUGAGGAACGGAGGAGCUCAUCUGGACUUCAGGGCCAAGGACGGCCUGACUUCCCUUCACAAAGCCGCACGCGCCAAGAACCAGCUCAUCCUCAUGACGCUGCUGGAGCUGGGAGCGUCUCCAGACUAUAAGGACAGCCGCGGCCUGACGCCGCUCUACCACAGCGUGGUGACGGGCGGAGACCCCGGCUGCUGCGAGCUGCUGCUCAGCCAGCAUGCCUCCGUCUGCUGCCAGGACGAGAACGGCUGGCACGAGGUCCACCAGGCCUGCCGCCACGGCCAUGUGCAGCAUCUGGAGCAUCUGCUGUUCUACAGAGCGCUGAUGAGCGCCCAGAACGCCUCGGGGAACACCGCCCUGCACAUCUGCGCCCUCUACAACCAGGAUAACUGUGCCAGAGUGCUGCUGGUCCGUGGAGCCGACAAGGAAGUGAAGAACUACAACAGCCAGACUCCAUUUCAGGUGGCCAUUAUUGCAGGAAACUUUGAGCUCGCCGAACUCAUCAAGAACCACAAAGACUCUGAUAUAGUGCCUUUCCGUGAGGCCCCAGCCUACUCCAAGCGCCGGCGGGGUCCGUCCUCUGGCAGCGGAAACGGCCAGUCCCCGUCCUCGCUGUCGGCGCCCCGGGUCCUCCUGCGCUCCAACAGCGACAACAACCUUUCUGUGAGCCAGUACCAGCAGCAGCAGCAGCAACACGGUUCCCCUGGAAACUGGGCCCCCCAUCUGCAGCAGCACCAGAGCCACCAACACCGGGGCCCCCAGCAGGGCCACGCACAGCCUGGCUCCUCAGCUUUGCACCGCAGCCUGUCCCCCCAGCUGGUCCAGCAGAUGCCCAGCGGCAGCCCCAAUGGCAACGUGGUGGUCCGCACUAUGGGGCGGGGGGCCAGGAGCCGCUCCCCCUCCCUCAGUCGGCUGGGCGAGGAGAGCCGGCGGGCUCAGACCGCACAGCGGCAGCCCAGCCCCAGCGGUCACGGCGAGGCGCUCGGCCCCAGGAGGAAGCUGUACAGCGCCGUUCCAGGCAGACACUUUGUGGUGGUUCGCUCUUACUCCGUCCAGGCUGAGGGAGAGAUCAACCUCUACAAAGGCGACAGGGUCAAAGUUCUGAGCAUCGGAGAGGGGGGCUUCUGGGAGGGCAGCGCCCGCGGUCAGGUGGGCUGGUUUCCGGCCGACUGCGUGGAGGAAGUCCCGGCCAAGGCCACCGAGGAAAGGACCUAUUCCCGAGCGGACCGGGCCGACAGACGGAAACUCUUCAGACAUUACACCGUGGGCUCGUACGACAGCUUCGAUGCUUCCAGUGACUGCGUGGUGGAUGAGAAGACGGUGGUGCUCCAGAAGAAGGAGAAUGAGGGCUUCGGCUUCGUCCUGCGCGGGGCCAAAGCCGACACGCCCAUCGAGGAGUUCACGCCCACGCCGGCCUUCCCGGCACUGCAGUACCUGGAGUCGGUGGAUGAGGGCGGUGUGGCCUGGCAGGCGGGGCUCCGGACGGGCGACUUCCUCAUCGAGGUGAACCAGGAGAACGUGGUGAAGGUGGGCCACAGGCAGGUGGUCAACAUGAUCCGCCAGGGAGGAAACCGGCUGUUGAUCAAAGUGGUGACAGUGAGCCGGAACCUGGACCCUGAAGACACGGCGCGCAAAAAAGCUCCUCCACCGCCGAAGCGAGCUCCCACCACCGCCCUGUCCAUGCGCUCCAAGUCCAUGACGUCAGAGCUGGAGGAACUCGUGGAUAAAGCCACACUAAGGAAAAAGAAAGGUGAUGCGCAGAAGAAGAGGAUUGUUUUCCAAGUGACUCUAAAUAAAGUGGAAGAGAUGACGCACGCCCAGAAGAGCUCACCUGUGGACACGAAGAUCGCCACCAUCAAACCUCGGCCCUCCAGUCGCUGCUUGGUCACUCCCACUGACAUGAAUUCCAUGUAUCACGACCGCCAGGGAGUAGCAGUGGUGCCGCCCACUGUGCCGGGAGCCUACCUGGGGAUCCCAGAGAAGGGCACCAUGAGGAAGCAGAAGUCUAUAGGUACAUCGGAGGAUGAUAAACAGGGACUCCUUACGCCUCCCCUGCUCAAGUUCUCCCGGAGCCUUUCGAUGCCUGACACCUCAGAGGACAUCCCGCCUCCCCCAGCGAUUUCUCCCCCUUCACCACCUGCCUACAACUCAGCUCCCGGACCUACAGCCAAGAACUACGGCACCACUCGACCGAGCUUCACCCAGAACUCGCCUAAUGCCGUGACGACCAUAAGCCGGACCACAGAUGUCGGCAGGUUACGGCGUGGAUAUUUCCGCCAGAGCUCUGAGCAGUUUGAGAGCACGCGCACUAGAGGGCGCACACCCGUACCCGAGAACCCUUACUCCGAAGUCGGCAAUAAGACCCUAUAUGUGCCAGCGAAACCAGCUAGAAGGAAGGGAAUGCUGGUGAAGCAGCCAAACGUUGAGGACAGUCCAGAGAAAACGUGUCAUGUGCCAUCUAGUCCCUCAGGCCCGGUUUCCAUGCCCACCACACCUGUCGAAAGGACCUGCUCCUCCAUCCCCAUACCCACCAUCAUCGUUAAAGAACCUUCCACCAGCAGCAGUGGCAAAAGCAGCCAGGGUAGCAGCAUGGAGAUUGAGCCCACUACGCCAGAACAUCCGCCUCUAACGCCCACCAUUGGUGGGGGUGGAGGGUUGCGUCCUGAGGACCCGAUGUCUCUUAACAACCCGUUUGCAGCAGCUAUUGCCGGAGCGGUGCGCGACCGUGAGAAGAGACUUGAGGCGAAGAAGCACUCCAUCGCUUUCCAGUCAAUAGACAUAGGAGAUGAUGAAAUGAGUGGCCCUGCACCGACCCCUCGUCUUCGCCAGUCCAAGUCCAUAGACGAAGGCAUGUUCAGCAGCGAUGAACGCCUCCGACGGAUAUUGGCUCCUCCUUCUACAGUGCAGCUUGGACCCCCUGUUGGUGGUGGCAGUGGAAAUAUGACAGAUUUCAACACGCCUGAGCCCACAGUGGUCCGGGAGCCUCUGAACACUAGAACAGGCCAGUGUCCGAAUCUGGACAGUCCAGUUAGUCUCCCAGCCACUCCUCCUAAGAGCCACUACAAGGCUAAUGGGACCUACCUCCAUCCUGUCACUGGUAAACCUUUGGACCCGAACUCUCCUCUGGCUCUGGCUUUGGCAGCUCGUGACCGGGCCAUGAAAGAGCAACAGAACCACCCUCAGAAUCAGCCAAUAAAUCCUCCUCAGGUUCAGCAAACCUCCAAGCACGAAGCCCAGUCCCUGCCACUUCAGCAGAGUCACAAACCGGACCUCAACCAACCGCUUUUUAUUGACACCAAAUUACGCUCGGGGAUUGAGACCAGCUUCGCAGCAAUCUCCUCGGCCACCAUGGGGCGGCCGGGUCGAGGUGGCCUCCGGCGACAGAUGACAGAGCAGAAGUAUGAAUCUGACGGCGCGCGGGCACAGCGGCAGCAUCAGACCGUCGAGGAGAGAAAAAGCGCGCCAGCAAUCGUGGCAGACUCGUCGCAGCCCAAGUCGACUGGACUGUUGAUGGUCCACACGAGCACAGACACGACGAACAACAAGACGAACAACCAGGAGGUAGAGGUGCAGGAGAGCAACCGACCCUCUGAGCUGAAGGAUCCUAACCAGCCUGACCCUCACAAAGUCCCAACCCUUUUGUCCAAUCCUCAGCAAGCUGCCUCACGGAGAAGAAGUGUUCCUUUAGGAGAAUCUUUGGAAGAACCAGUGAAACUGCCCUUCCGCAUCCCCCCUCCACCGCUAGCAUCAGUCGACAUCGAUGAGGAAUUUGAAUUUUCAGAGCCUCUUCCCCCACCGCUGGAGUUUGCAAACAGUAUUGACAUUCCUGACGACCAGGCCAGUGCCAUGGCAGAGAUGAUUCAGCAACAGAGACGGAAUGGAGGACCUGCUUUACCCCCUUACCAUCCACACGCCCCUCCAUCUGUCAGUGAUCACCACAAACGCCUGUUAAACAACAUGCCCCCCUCCUACCAUCCAGCUCCAUCUGAUGCAGAGUCGGGGGUGGCGGAUUCUGGCAUCGAGGAGGUUGACAGCCGCAGCAGUGGAGAUCCUCAGCACAUGGAAACCACCAGCACUGUCUCCAGCAUCUCCACCCUGUCAUCAGAGGGAGGCUUCUGCGACAGCACUUUGGAGAGUCUCUACACCACCGCAGACGGACACGCCUUCCUGGUGGACCGGCCCCCUGUCCCACCCAAACCCAAGGGCAAGUCAGUCAUCAACAGAACAUCGCUUUAUCAUGACGCUCUCAUUGAAGAGCCUCCUGAGUCUUAUGGGUCGCCGCCUCAAGCGCCUCCCCCUCCCCCUUCAUCUUCUGAGCCUCCUAGGACUCCUUCACAAAGGACAUCCAAGCUGUGGGGCGAUCAGCCCCCCGAGCUACGCAGCCCCCCAUCCACGCCAGACUCCAAGAACACGGUGAUUACUGAGCUCAGCUCCAUCCUGCAGCACAUGAAUCGCGACAGGCCGACCAAGCCAGGAGACGGCCUCGACUCCCCCACUGCGACCAGAGGGGGCUUCACGUCCAGGGCCCCCCCAGACGACUCAGGAAUGCGUAACAGCGGCGCGGCGGCGCUCAGCUCCACGCCUCCCAGCAGCCUCCCGUCGCAGGCGAACCCCUGCAGCCCGCCGGACUCCGCCUCCUCGCUCACGCCCUGCUCCUCGCUGCCUCCCUCCGUGUCGCCCACGCUCACCGACGUCUUCGGCCUGCCCACGCCCCCUAUGGGCAGCGGCGGCGGCUACAGCCUGAGCUCGUCGUGCGGCGGCAGCGGCAGCUCGCGCUCGCCGUCGCCGCUCACGCUGAUGCAGGCGGUGGCGGCGUCCGGGAAGCCGUUCGCCUCCAAACCCGUGGAGCUGUGGAGCAAACACGACGUGGCCGACUGGCUGGACAGCCUGAACCUCGGCGAGCACAAAGACGCCUUCCUGGACAACGAGAUCGAGGGCGCGCAUCUGCCGUCGCUGCAGAAGGAGGACCUGAUAGACCUGGGCGUGACCAGAGUGGGCCACCGUAUGAACAUCGAGCGCGCCCUGAAGCUGCUGCAGGACAGAUAGACCUCCCAGCAGGCAGGGGGCGACGUGUUCACAGCUCCCCUUCACGCUAGCUGCAGCUGCCUCUUGCUGUUGUUGUUCUCUCAUCCUGCGUCGCCUCCCUCAUCUCAGAGCUUCGGUUUGUCCGCCCCCCCCUCCCUGCUGCCCUGGGCGACCGCAGGGAGAGCGAAGGGGACCGGCGGUCUGUCUGCCGGUUUCUGGAAUAUUUUGAACUCUGGAAAUAUAAAAUCUGAUUGGUGUGGAGGUUCCUUUGGCAGACCUGUGCUCUCCCCGCCUCGCUCUGGAAUACGGAGACGUUUUCCGUUCUCCUGGAGUCGGUGCGAGAAGAACCAGCUGAGCUGGUCCAUGCUCCUUUUCUAUCUUUGCUAGUAUUUCUUCAGAGAAUAUUUCUUCACUAGAGUCCUAACGGAGUUAUAUUUCUGGGUGCGGCUGUAGGAGAACUUCUGGAGACAGACUCCGUCUUCUGUUGCUUUUCACCUGUUUGUGUCAAAACUAGAGCAUCAGCUGAGACAUUAAGCCAACAUGUCACCGUCCACAGAGUUCCUGCACCGUGGAGAUUCACACUUAGCUUUCACUCACAGCAUGCUCACACACACGCACACACACACACACACGCACACACACACACACACACAUAUAUGGAUGGCGUUUUAGCUCCUGAAUAGUGUGGAGCCCCACAGCGUCCACAUCAGGAUGUAGGGAAACCUGAGGUGAGGACAUGAGGAGGACUGGACCUCCAACACGUCCUUGUUCUUACUUCACUUUUCCUUCCUGCGCUGUGUGUGUGUUUGUGUGUGUGUGUGUAUGCAUGUUUGCGUGGGUGUGGGUGUGUGUGUGUGCGUGCGCCUGUGUGUGUUACUUUUCGACCCAGAAAUCCCUGCGACCCGUUUAGCUAUUUUCAUAAAUCUGCUAUGUAGGCCACAGUUUAGCAGAAGUAGAACUUUUUGUGCCUCACUCGGUCGGAUCUGUUCCACCUCACCAGUAACGGGUCAGGACUGGGAGCACUGGGAGCCCACCGCCAUGCUGCCGUGUCACACACCUGUGCACAGAUCGUACAAGUCCAGGUCUGAUUAAAAUGGUACAGGAAACAUUUUGGGAAAUACACGGGUUUGUUUCUGGAUUUAAAAUCCCUCUCAACUGAUUCAUUUAAAAAUAUCGAUAUUUAUUUUGUACACAAGUAUCUUAUAAGAACAAACCUCUCCACCACAUCAUUAUAAAAAAACAAAACACAGGAUUGUAUUUCAUCCACAAAUUCCCCCCCUAGUGUUUGAAACAUGCCAGACCCAUAGGGGGCGGUGUAGCACAAAGCUGAAACCAAUGUCAGCCAAUCAGAAGCUUCAAAACAGCCACAACUUCCUGUUAGGAAUUAAACAUGGCGCCAGCAGGUUCAUUUAUGAGCACCGAUAAAUGGAGUAAACGACCUUUAAAUAGCGUGUUAGAGUUUAUAAAAACGUUUAUAAAAUACAAGACAAUUUAUUUUGGGAAUCGUAUGAAAGCAAGAACGUUAAUAUAUUGAUACAUUAUUGAUCACAAUCUGUAAUCCACAGGAGUUUUCAUCAUAGAGUUUGUUUUUGUGUGGUUGGAAGGUUAAAACAUAUAAAAAUGAACUUGUUUCCUAUAUAUUUGGCUACGUGUUCACUAAGUAUAAAACACAACGAUACAUGUUGCUGAAUAAUAAUCACCAGGUUCUUGUCUGCUGAUGAGAUAAAGAGAAACAAACUGGACUCACAGCUGCUGAAGCUAAUUUAGCUGCUGAAGCUAAUUUAGCUGCUAAAGCUAAUUUAGCUGCUGAAGCUAAUUUAGCUGCCGAAGCUAAUUUAACAUCUUAUCUGUCUAGUUAGAAAUGUUUUUUAUAAAAUAUGCCAGUGGUUGAAUUCAUUUGAUGAAGUAACCUUUUGUUGUUUUUGCCAACUAAAACAUUUCAUCAGUAUUAAUCUUCUGUAUGUAAAGGGACAGUUUGUUUAAGCUAAAAUAAGCUAAGCUAUUCAAUGUGUUUUUCAACUACAAAACAUGCUGAGGUUAAAACUGAAUUUCAACAGACAAAAAGUUACUUUUCCAACACAAAAUAAAUAACUGCCAUAUCCUUAAUGAAAUGAAAGGAUUAAAAAAUGGCAGGUUUUUUAUUCAUGUUCCAUCGCAGUUUUGUUCCUGAUCGCUGCGCUACGCUAACAUGUCAACAUAAUCAGUUUGAUUUGGUCUUAUAUGACCGAUUCUAUCAAUGUUAAUUACACAUAAUCAAUGAUUAUAAUAAUUACUAUUUAUGAUUAAACAUUUUACACACUUUAUAGGGGGAAAAUAUUUAACAUUUAAACAACAGUUAACAGUUAAACUGUGAUUUAAGAAAAUCUCAGUUGUUAAACUGAUCCUGAAAAUUGUUUUAAGUAAAAAUAUAAGAAUUGAAAGAGAAAAAGGGUUAUAAUGCACAAAGUGUUAACUAUUAACAUUUUACAGUAAGUCAAAGUAAAAAUGACAAAAAUCAUGAGUUUAUUGUUCUUGUGUAAAACAAACAUAAAAAUAUGUUUAAAUUCAAAAGCUAACUCAGACAUUUUUCAGGUUUAACAUCAAGUCAUUUCACUAAAGAAACCAGUUUGUCUACAAAGAUCCAAUCAGACCAAAGUGUGUAUUUCCCAAAAUGUUGCAUUUGGAUCCAGUUCUGUUGGACACAAUAUCAGCUUGUGACAGAUUUAAAUAAUAAAACUUAAUAUAAAAAAUAUUUUAAGCACAUACAAAAACACUUUAGAAGAGAAAAAUAAUAUUUUUAUUUUACAAAAUGACUGAAACGUUUGUGCACUGCUGUCAGAUUAGAGAUUAAUAACUGACUACCUGGACCUGAAGGUUUAUUAAAAGUGACAUUAAAAAUAAGAAGACAAGCAGGACGUCUUUAAAAUGUCCUGCCAGUUGUUUUCAGUUGGAUUCAAAUUGAGCCUUGAGUCUGGAUUCCUGAUCCGCCUGACGUUUCCUCUCCCUGUGAGGUCAGAAAUGAUUCUCUGAAACUCGGCUGGAGUUUGGAGUUUAAUCAUAUUUAUGAAGCUGAAGGUUGUUGUGUUUGUAUAUAAGAGUGUUUAAUGGGAUAAAAAUGUCUAUUUGAGUCUGUGUAUAAACGGUGAAGAAGGAAGUCUAUGAGGGUAGAUCUAUAGCUGCAGGGCCGACCCGAUGACCAAAGCCCCGGCCGCCCCCGGCCCGCGCCCCGCCCUGUGCGUCAUCCGGCAGAGGAUGCCUUAAAAAGCUUGCUGCUCCCUUCCUCCACCCAGCUCCUCCAUCCGAGCACGCCCCGCUCUGACCCGUCUUCGUCGGCUCCAUCUCGCAGCUUUUCUUCAGGAGACAGACAUCCACAACCCGUGUGUUCUGUGAACAUCAGCCGUACGGUGGCUGGCGAGGGACAAUGCUGCUAUAAUCCUGUUUUCAAACUCACAGCGGCGUGCUGGAGGGGGUAGAAAAGCACAGUAUUUUUAAAGAUUUGUAUAGAGUUCUAUGAAAUUUUAUAGAGGUAUUAUGAACAAAUACUGUUCAACACUGAUGCUUGGAUUGCCAAAAACAGAAAUAAUAUAUAUGUAGAUUAAAAUGUGGAUUAUUAUUAUGAUUAUUAUUAUUAGAUUUAUGGGUUAUGUAAGAAGCAAUAUUUAUUCUGAAUGAAUCUCCUUGGUUGUGUUUUAUUUUUUCCAUCUUCUCACCCAUCAGUGUUUUAAUGACGUGUUGCCUAAAGUAGAAAACACUCUGCUGCAGUAGAUUUAAGAUAUUUCUGGCCAAUCAAGUGUUUUCUGACGAACACCAUCUGCCUGAGUAGAGCGCCCCCCUCAGCGCAGAGCGUGUAGAAACUGAGGGAAGCGUGUACAUUUUGACCCCUGACCCUGCAGGCCGCGCCCGUAGAAACCUGUAUGAAAACCUUUGUGUGUCAAAAUAAAUCCACCUUAAACGAUAAGCGGUGGCUGCAGUUUUCUCUGGAAACGUAGAGCAGAGUAGAUUUAGUAGGAAUCUUCAUCACCCCCCCCCCCCCACUUCUCCCACCUUCAUCAUCGUCAAACAUUCAGGUAACUUUUAGUUUCUCUUCCUUUAAUUUCCCAUGAAUAGAUUUUAUUCUUUAAGUCUUCAUAGAGACUAAGAUGUUUUUGGUAAUUUGUGCAGAAGACUUGUGUUCAUGUUUUCUAUGUUGCUGUAAUUUUGUGCUACUGAAUCAUCAUAGAGUCUAAUUACUGAAACGAAAAGAGAGAAAUUUCCUGUAAAAGCACUCUACUUCCUCCCCCUUCAAUUCCUCAAGGUUUCUUGUAUGGCAACCAAAAGUCACUGUAAGAAAUAAAUAUAAUAUUGCACUAGA